CGCGUCCCCCGCUCGCCCUGGCCGCUCGCGCAGCUGCUCGGCUCUCGCUAUAUAAAGGGGCGACGCGGGCAGAGCGGGCGGCUGGCGGCGGCGGCUGCAGCCCCAGGGCCGGCGAGCGAGGCCGGGCCAGGCCGCGGGGCUGCCCGUGAGCCGGGGCGGGAGGCGCGCGGUUCUGGGGGGAGACGCAGCCGGGCAGGUUUAUUGUUUUAGGGGCGACUCCCCCCGCCGCGGUUGGGGGCGUCCCGGGGGGCUCGGGACAUGGCGAGCUCGGCUAACACAAACCCCGUGCCUAAAUUGUACAGGUCUGUAAUUGAAGAUGUCAUCAAUGAUGUCAGAGAAGUUUUUCUGGAUGAAGGAGUGGAUGAACAAGUUCUCAUGGAACUCAAAACACUGUGGGAGAACAAGCUGAUGCAAUCCAAGGCUGUAGAUGGCUUCCACUCAGAAGAGCAGCAGCUUCUGCUGCAGGUGCAACAGCAGCAGCAGCAACAGCAGCAGCAACAGCAUCACCACCACCACCAUCACACACAACCUCAGCCGCAGCAGACUGUGCAGCAGCAGUCUCAGCCCCAACAGGUCCUUAUUCCAGCAUCCCAGCAAGCACCUCAGCAGCAGGUUAUUGUGCCAGAUUCCAAGCUGAUACCACAUAUGAAUGCAUCGGGCAUGAGCGCAGCAGCCACCGCAGCGACGUUGGCUCUCCCUGCUGGCGUUACUCCUGUUCAGCAGAUACUUACAAAUUCAGGCCAGAUCCUUCAAGUAGUUAGAACUGCAAAUGGAGCUCAAUAUAUCAUUCAGCCACAACAGCCGGUCGUUCUACAGCAGCAGGUCAUACCACAAAUGCAGCCUGGUAGUGUACAAGCCCCUGUAAUUCAGCAGGUCUUGGCUCCCAUCCCCGGCGGGAUUCCGCAGCAGACAGGAGUGAUCAUUCAGCCUCAGCAGAUCCUGUUUACAGGAAAUAAAACCCAGGUCAUCCCUACCACUGUGGCUGCCCCAACCCCUGCCCAAGCACAGAUUCCUGCAGCUGGCCAGCAGCAACCACAGCAGCAACAGGCGCAGGCACAAGCACCGCUCGUGCUCCAGGUCGAUGGAGCAGGGGACACCUCCUCAGAGGAAGAGGAAGAUGAGGAGGAAGACUAUGAUGACGAUGAAGAGGAAGACAAAGAAAAAGAUGGAGCUGAAGAUGGCCAGGUCGAAGAGGAACCCCUUAACAGUGAAGAUGAUGUGAGUGAUGAGGAAGGACAAGAACUGUUUGAUACAGAAAAUGUUGUUGUGUGCCAGUAUGAUAAGAUUCACAGAAGUAAAAACAAAUGGAAAUUUCACCUCAAAGAUGGCAUCAUGAAUCUUAACGGAAGAGAUUUUGUAUUUUCCAAAGCCAUUGGGGAUGCUGAAUGGUGAAGUUUUUAAGACAAAGCAAAACAAAAAAACCUUCCCAUAAGAGGAAAAAAAUCAAAAGCAGGAAAGGUUGAGACUUGGACAUAUAUUUCAACCAAAAUAUGUAUCUGCACAUCAAAAAUAAAGCAUAAACAAAACUAUUGGAACAAAGAUAAAAUGUGGCAACAAAGACACUACUUCAGAUGAGCAAGCCAUGGACUGUAGCAGCUAUAGCAUUGUCUGGGAGCUGGUUUUGUGUGUUAGGAAAACCUUAAUUAUCAAUUCUACCUACAGGUACCUACAGCUGGUAUUUAGCAUGUAAGGCUUUGUCUCCCCCUUCUUCCCUCGGUUUAAGAUUUUAAAAUACUUCUUCCACUGAUUGAAGGAACUCUUCCCUUUGAUAGAUUAUUAAUCUGAAAAUGCUUAUUGUGUGUACAAAUCUUUGCUUUGGACACUUCCUUUCGGUAGUGAGGAUGGUAAGGAUGUUACUUAAACUGCGUGCAAGCUUUGUACAGAAGGGUAAGAAUUAAGGUGUUAAAUUUUAAAUAACGUGUAUAAGGAAAAUAUUUUUAAUUCUGAUAAGCUCAUUAAUUAUUAUAUCUAUUUGUUGUUUUCAAUUCCAUUCCCCAUAAACAAGUUAUUGUUCCUAGCAGUUACAAAAUGGUAAAAUGAUCAUUUAUAUUACAAAAUUAUUUUUUAUUUCAUGUGAAUGGCAUCUUUUAUUUAGGGCUAUAUUUUUAAAAUACUAAGCACCUGUAGCUCCCCCCUAGAAAGUCAGACUGCUUAACUCUACCUGUAUUCUUGCUGUUUGAUGGUCCUGCAACACCGUUGAACUGAAAGGAAUAGCAGUAGUUUCUGCUGACUCCUUACAAAGACUUUGGAGACCUUUCAAAUGAAAUGUGUAGGUAAUCACAUGAUAGAUGCAUUCCUUCACUAACAUACUACAUUUGUACUCCAGACAUCCAAAAUAUUUGAGCAGGCCACAGGAAUGACUGAAGUUUUAACACAGAAAAUCUCAUAAAAGUUCUGUUAGCUGCAAGUCCGUUAAUCAGAGGUUUGCAUACUAAAAAGCAUAGCCUUAAGUUACCUGCAGCAGUUAAUCUCUAAUCUUUCCCGGUGGUAUGUAGCUUUGUGAGGAGAACUGCGCAGCUUCGAGAACACAAACCUUGUCAGAGUGUCCUUAGGCUGCCUUGGUAAUGGAAAAUCAAGUGGUCAGAUGCACUAAACCUCAUUAAGAACUUUUUCACUUGCCUUUUCUAGAGUGGUUUUGUUUGUUUGUUUUUGUUGUCCAAAGCAGCAAAAUGGUUACCCCUCCUCCCCUCCUCUUAGAAUUGUGAACACCUUUUCUUCAUGCAUAGGUUAUUCUUCCAAAGCCUGCUUCCAGAAAUGCAGGAGGAGAGGGAACGGGCAUGAKAGUUAGUGUUGAGGAAGGAAUGUUCAUACUCGUGGCGGUUUCAGCAAAGGUGUUUUGUUGGUGCUUCGAAAGGGACAAUGAAAAGGACACGCGCAGUAAAGAUAAUUUUAAUGGAAUCGGGGAAGAAUUUCUGGAACAGACAUUUAACCCACAACUUCUGGCCUUUCUUCUUGAGAAUGAAAUUUUUAAAGCAUAAUUUAACAAGCUCAUAAGUGUAUUUAGGUAGUGUAUAAGCAGUGUCCUCGUUUUCAUUCUGCUUUACUUGCCACAAAGUGCAUUGAUAGUCUCAUUAGCAUUUAGAAGAAUUCAAAAACACUGUAAAAAGCUGUUUUUUUUAUUGUGACUUUUCUCACCUGUGGUCUCAUUGACACAGACAGAACCUGUCUGUAGGCCAUGUCUAGAGCCAUCUUUCCUAGCAAGUCAUCUGCAUACAUAAACUUUUGACAAGUUAAUUUCUGGUUUUAUUCAUUUGUUGUUGAGCAGUGGCAUAACCACAUGGAGUACAUUUUUGGCUCGAGGCUUCAAGGUAUCUCAAACGGACUGGUGUUUGCGUUCUUAGAAACAAAGCAGAAUUUUUUAUUUUCAUUUUUGCCACUGUAGAAACUUUUAAACAGUGCAAAACUGCAAUGAAAUGAGUAAUAUAUCGGCUACUUCCUUAUCUUUCCCAUGUCUAAUACCAGUAAGUUUUAAAUAAUGGUCUUCAAACAAAUCCCACAGCGCUGCACAACUGAACAAGUCAAAAGAAAAAAGUCUUUUUGGGUACAGAUUCCUGUUUAUACCACUGGAAACCAGGUUACUGUAAAACAGGAUUUUUUUUUUCCCCCGACUACUUUGGUUCUUCACCCACUUGUGUGUACCAGAAGCUGCAUAGCCUUUUUAUUUAUUUCUAAGGGGUACCAGAACUUUGAAGGUAACUCGAGCAGAGCCUGUUCUGCAGGGUGUUGGAAGCCAUGUGAACUUGCAAGCUAAUUGAAUGGUGUGCUUGUCAGAUAAGAGGUUUUGUCUUCAAAUACAAAUACCUGUGAAGUUUUCUGAAAGCCAGUCAAACAUGAACAUACCAAACUGUGCUCUUAUUGCUACAUCAAGUGUUCCUUUUUUUAAAUCAAAAAGCAUGUUUUAAUUUCAUUUUAUUGUAGCGGCUUGCUGUAAGAAUGUAGUUUGCUUAAUUUUAUUAUUGUACUUGAAUUUUUAAUCAUGGUUUUAACAAUGUAACUGAACAGACCAUUUCAUUAGGUUCCACAGAAACCAUUCCUUUCAGAGGGCAAGGGAUUCCCAUGUUCAUAGUCCAUAAAUGAUCUUUUUUUCUCCUCCCCUUGAAAGAGAUUUUUCUUUUCUUUUUUUUUUUCAUUUAAAUAGUUCAGUAUUAUGGAAGCAAUUCAUGAUUUCAAGAGGGCUUAUGUUUAAAUUUGCACAGAUAAUGGAGCACCUUCUUAUGAUGGAAAAAUAUGGGGAAAGAUAACUUCAUAAUUAUAACUAUGAUGGCUGAUGGAAACUUGCAGAGGAACUAGGCCAAAGCCAGAGCCUUGUGCCUUUUCAGUUUGCAGAAUACCAGUUUUGCCAGCAUGACCUUUUUUUGAUUCCUGAGGGAGUAGAUUUCCUGCAGUGCUUCAAACAGUUAAAAAAAAAAAAAAAAGAAAAAAAAAAGUUUGCUCUAAUUUUGACUUCUAGUGUGUGCAAUCAUUUAAGAACAUUUACUUUGAAAACCAGUUGAAAUAUGUUUUCUCUUAGGAGGUAAUAGAGAAUUUAGUCACAUGAGGGAUUUUAUAUUGGACUAUUUAAAUAAAAAGUAUGAUUUUUUUUUUAUUCCCCCCUCAGUUGCUGGGUAGUGACAAGAUUUCUUCACGGUUUCAUACUCUUGCUUUGUUCUUGCGUUGUAAUCAGAGGUGGCGUUUGAACGUCAUCCAUGUCCCCAGUCRUGAUGUAAAAGAACAAUUGUGGUCAGAGUUUAUUUUCCCGUCUAUGAUACAUGAUUCGGAAGCAGAUUUGAGAGAAGAGUACAGAAAAUACUGUGUCCUAUAGCAGAUUUUUCAUAAAUGCUUUUCUGUUUCUCCUGCGGAGUAGGAGCAUUUGUUCUGCAAAGGUGGUUUGGCCGUUUGGUAGUUAACAGUAAUUACGGCACCUUAAAACGAUCCGAGUAAAACUCCGUAAUUUCAGUGCAGGAGCUAAAGACC